CAUUGUACGAAGCCAGUUUAAAUGGGGACGAGGGAUGAUGCAAAUAUGGCUGUGUUCGUAGAGAAUUGCGAUAAAAAAAGAGACUAUAGUGUCAGGGGUGUGUUGAGAAGAGACAUGUAUAGUGUGGUCAUCUGAAUUCUGACAGCAUCGAGAGGAUAGCAGAAGCAGCGGAAGAAAUUUAUAACUUGCUAUUUCUUAACGUCUUUUCGUGCUUUGGCUGUGCAGGAGAAUUCGUGCUCAAAAGUCAUUGCUUAGCGGGUUUUAGCAGUCGUGCCAACUGAUUGAUGAUAGUCGCUAUCAUUCAUGUCCAUGGAACAUCCGAAAAAAAAUGAGUGUACUGUGUAAAAACAUAAACAGAGGUUGACUGCCAGUUUAAAGGAACGAUGAAGCAAGUUACGAUGACAUUGAGUACGGUUGAUUUAUUACCCAAUCCAACCCCCCACCGGCCCCCGCCCCCCAAGAAAAGUGCAAAAGUCAGUACGAAAUUUUAACAUUAAUCUAAUAGAACAGCAAAUAGUCUAUACUCUGCGCUAUACGAAAAUUAUUUCGUUACUCUCUAUAGUACUUUGAUAGACUGGCUAUAACCAUUAGACUUGACCCAUAUUCUCUCGUUGAUGUUUUGAAGACUUGCUCUGGUUACACUUUGUUGCCGCCUGUUAUGUCUGGUUUUUGGACUUUGACGGUUUCCAACAAUACACUACACGCCCUGUAAGCAUUCUCUCUCUCUCUCUCUCUCUCUCGCAAGUUCAAGAGAUACUCUCACUCUUUCUUGCAAGUUCAAGAGGUAAAGCGGCUGUUGGUGUUUCAUCUAAGAUUUUGAGAAAAAGUGUUCAACACCAAGUGACACUUGAAGGUAAUCCAGACGACAGAAAUAACUGCCUUCUCGACCGAAGUUUUUCACCUCCCGGCAAGUUCUUCUUGACUACAGCUUUCUAAUGCAGGCGUUGCAACGGCGGGUGGCUGGAGUGUGUCUGUGCGUGUGCGCGCGAGUCUGAUGCCCCCCUUCCGUCUGAGUGCCUACUGAGGCUCUCUCCCUCAAGCAGUCAAAAUAGCGCCAAAACCUGACACGCUACUUUCAAGCCUCUCUCACACUGUCGCCGUUAUCACCUCUUCAACUUCUAAGCAAACAUGACCAAGUACUUUGAUUUCGUCUGGAUAAAGGAAGUCGCCAAGGAGCUUCAGGAUGGCGCUGUCUUCGAUAGGUGGACUGAGGAUAAAGAAAACGUCGACUAUGAGCCUAACUGCACCUUCAAAGUCGAUGAAUUCGGGUUCUUCGUCUAUUGGAAGAGUGAAGGGAGAGAAGGAAACGUGGCGGAAUUAUCACAAGUGUCUGAUAUUCGAAGAGCAACAUUACCGAGGGAUCCGAAAUUAGCAGAUCGGUUAUUAAAUAAAUUCGGACAGGAUGUAGAGGACAAGAUGUUAGCUAUAUGCUCGGGAUUAGAUUAUGUCAACAUCAACUAUAUAAAUAUAGUUUGUAAAACAAAAGACGAAGCGGAUCGAUGGCAACUAGGCAUGAGACGUAUAACGAACAACAAUAAGAUCAGCAACGUCUGUCCGAAAACUAACCUCAGAAAACACUGGAUGAGAUUAGGGAUGACAGUGGAUUCCUAUGGUAAAAUUCCUGUCAAAAAUCUGGUGCGGACAUUUGCCUCAGGAAAGACCGAAAAGAUGGUGUACUCUUGUCUGGAGGAGAUGGGAUUGCCGUCGGGAAAGGGCGACAGUAUUGAAAAAGAAGCGUUCACGUUUGAGAAGUUCUACAAAUUAUAUUUCACUAUUUGCCCGAGAACAGAUAUCGACGAAUUAUUUAGCCAGAUUACCAAGACAGAAUUUUUAAGCAUAACUCAGCUAGUUACUUUCAUGAACGAGAAGCAGAGGGACCCCAAUCUCAAUGAAAUCUUGUAUCCACUUUAUGAUGAAAAGAGGUGUUUGGAAAUCAUCACAGCUCACGAGCCCAAUAAGGAAAACGUUGAUAACAAGCGAUUCAGUAAAGAUGGCUUCUUGGCUUACCUUAUGUCCGAUGAGAAUGCACCCGUCUUCCUGGAUCGUCUGGAUAUCUAUCAGGAUAUGGACCAGCCUCUUUCUCAUUAUUACAUCAAUUCAUCUCAUAACACCUAUCUAUCUGGUAGACAGUUCGGCGGUAAAUCUACUGCUGAGAUGUACAGACAAACGUUGCUCGCUGGCUGCAGAUGUGUUGAACUUGAUUGCUGGGAUGGGAAAGGCGAAGACGAAGAACCCAUCAUCACUCACGGAAAAGCUAUGUGCACUGACAUCUUGUUCAAGGAAGCUAUCAUGGCCAUCAGAGACUGCGCCUUCGUCACUUCAGAAUAUCCUAUCAUCCUUUCUUUCGAGAACCAUUGCUGUAAAAAGCAACAAUACAAACUCGCCAAAUAUUGUGACGAAUUGUUCGGAGACCUCUUGAUGAAGGAGCCACUGCCUGAUUACCCCCUGGUUCCAGGGUCAGCUCUACCGCCUCCUAGUCUCCUCAAGAAGAAGAUUCUCAUUAAGAACAAACGUCUCAAGCCAGAAGUUGAGAAGCAAGAGCUGGAAUUGUUCUUCAAAGGGCAGUUAGAUCUCGUGGAUGAUGACGAUGCCAAAGAGGACGCCUCUCAAGCAGCCCCUCCGAAGGAUACCAAGAGUAACUCGUGCACUACCAUCACCACCCCUGUGUCGCAGCCCUCUCUAGAGGACGAUAAGCCCCUGACGGCUGAGGAGCGAGCCUUCCUCUACUACCAGUAUACUGGCGCUACCACCCACGUCCACCCUGUCCUCUCUUCCUACGUCAACUACUGCCAGCCAGUCAAGUUCCAGGGGUUUGAUGUGGCAGAAGAAAAGAAUGUCCAUCACAACAUGUCUUCAUUCUCGGAGACCAUGGGCUUAGGCUACCUCAAGACUCAGGCUAUUGAAUUUGUAAACUACAACAAACGUCAGAUGUCUCGAAUUUACCCUAAAGGUGCAAGGGUAGACUCCUCUAACUAUAUGCCACAAGUAUUCUGGAAUGCUGGAUGUCAAAUGGUGUCGUUAAACUUUCAAACACCUGACCUUCCCAUGCAGUUGAACCAGGGAAAGUUUGAAUACAAUGGAAAUUGUGGUUAUCUUCUCAAACCAGAUUUCAUGAGACGAACAGAUAAGACAUUCGAUCCAUUUGCUGAGUCUCCUGUAGAUGGUGUGAUUGCUGCUCAGGUUGCUGUGUCGGUUAUUGCUGGUCAGUUCUUGUCAGAUAAGAAAGUUGGUACUUACGUGGAAGUGGAUAUGUACGGUCUACCCACAGACACCAUCAGAAAAGAAUUCAGAACCCGUAUGAUACCAGGCAAUGGUCUUAAUCCCCAAUACAAUGAAGAGCCUUUUCUUUUCCGUAAGGUCGUUUUGCCAGAUUUGGCUGUCCUUCGAUUUGGAGUGUUUGAUGAAAACGGCAAGAUGCUUGGGCAACGUAUUUUACCUCUUGAUGGUCUCCAGAAAGGUUACAGACAUAUCUCUCUUCGUACUGAAGGCAAUUUCCCCAUGUCGCUACCUAUGUUGUUUUGUAACAUUGAACUCAAAAUCUAUGUUCCUGACGGUCUUGGUGAUUUGAUGGAUGCCCUUUCUGAUCCUCGUGCUUUCCUAAGCGCCCAAGAGAAGAGAGAUGAACAAAUGAAAGCUAUGGGCAUUGAAACUUCAGAUAUUGACACUAAAGCCCUCAAAGGAGGAAAAGCAGGCGGUGGUGGUGGCGGUGCAGGUGGUGCCAAACCUGGUGCUGGCCCUGCUGCUAAAUCUGGAGCUGCUGGUGCUGCCGGUGGUAAAAAGGAAGACGACAUCAUGGCGGAAUUUGAGCCUAUCAACCUGGAAUCUCUUCGUGCCCAAAAGAACUUCCUGAAAGCAACCAAAAAACAACAAAAGGAACUCGAAACCAUGAGGAAAAAGCACAUGAAAGAACGCCUUACAAUUCAGAAAGGACAGUGUAGUGCAAUCGAAAAAGUUGCCAAGGGCAAGAAGGAGGUUGUGGAUGAUCCUAAGAUAAAGUCCAUCGUAACAGACCAGAUGGCACAGUGGUCAGAAAUGAUGGAAAAGCAUCGCAAAGAGGAAUGGGAGUUGCUUAAAGAGCACCUGAAGAGUCAAGAAGAUAUUUUGAAGAAACUCAUGGAAGAAGAACAAGCUGGUCAAGUGAAAAAGCUCGAAGGAAAACAUGAACAGGAAGGAAAAGAUAUGAAAGCUCAGCAAGCAAAAACUGCUGUCGAAACAGCCAAAGAUGUUGCUCAAGAUAAGACGUUGAAAACAAAAGCUGAUCGAGACCGUCGUCUCAAAGAAAAGAAUCAAAAUAACACAAAGAGAUUUAUUGAGGAACGUAAAAUGGCUGCGAUGAAACAUGGCAAGCAAAAGGAAAAGUUAAAGAAGCUUCAUGAAACACAAAUGCAUGAGCUGACUAAGGAUAUUCAAAUGGCUAUUCAGUUUUAUGAGAACACAGAAGCAGAAUACAAAAUGUGGAAAAAGAUGGAAUUCUUCUGUUGAGUACAACCAUCAACCCUCCAGCUUACCCGAAGAACAUUUCAGUCUCUGGUCAAGCGGGAACUAAUAAGCGCCUGUGAUCACGUAACCCAGCCUCAAUCAUCCUCCCUCAUCUCACAGUAUCAAGCAGGACAUGACAAACAUCAAUCACUACAUACAGCUUGUUUCAUCAUCACAGAACUGAUAAUCAAUCAUUCUCAUUCCUUCCAUCGUCACUGAUAUUUCAUAAUUUAUUUUAUUAGCAAACUGGACCAUAAUCAUUUAUAUGUUUUGAAUUUUGAAAUAGGUGAGAAUAUGAUUUUAUGUAUGCAUGAAUAAUGAUACUUCCAUCUACAAAUAUUUGAUAUUCAUAUGUAUCCUGUGUGAGUGGUUGAAAUUAUGAUACAUUCCAACAGAUUUUGUAUGUUGGAUAUUGCCUUAAUCACAGUGGGUGGUGAUUUGGUUACAUAGAAGGUUUGUUUUCAUACUCCAUCACUGAUUAUUGCAUAAUGAUUAACAAUUAGUGUGCUGUUUAUUAGUUGAUAUGAGGAAUAUGGGGUCCAACAUGUAGCAUUAAAUAAGAUUAUAUGUUCUGAAUGCUAAGAUUCCACAUGUUAAUUAUGUUGCCUUUACAAGCAUAAAGAAAUUUUGUGAAAAAUUUUAUAUGUUGGGAUUACUGAGGUUUGUAGCCAUGUUAUAUAUAUUGCAGAUUGACAAAUUGAGAACAUAGUAAAUUGGUUUGUCUAUACACUAGCAGUAUUUCUGCCGUUUAGCUGAAUAAGAAUAAGUUUUCCUAUAUGAGUCAUCAUUUUAGCAAGGUGUAAGCUUCUACCUUGUAGGAACUUCUCAAGAAUAAAAACUCAUGGUUACAUCUAUUGGCAAUAAUAUCUAUUCUUAUUCUUUUAUCAAAUGUUGACUGUUUCCUUGUGUGAGAUUAUAUUGCAGAUAAAGUGUUCAAUAUAUAUAUUUUUGCCACCAAAAGUUGCCCCCUUCUAGUGGGCACUAGUCUUUAGAUAUAAAUUUUAUAAAGAGCUUAUUAUGUCACUGUUGCUGUUCUCAUUACAGUAUUUCUUAGGGUUACAUUUUCAUAACAAGAUUUAUAUCAUUAGAUCAAGUAGUUUUGCAUAUAAAGUAUAGAUAAAUAAUUUCAUAAACUAGUGUUUGUUGUUGUCUGUAUUCCUAUUGCAGUAUAUCUAAUGUACAGUAUGAGAAUUUAGUAUUUAUUGUCAAAUUUUGGUUAGUGUAUCUUUUACUGUAGCUGAUUAAUUUCAUUGCUAAGUACUUAAAGUAAGCAUUCCUUUCUCUUUUCUGUAGCUGGUAUUUACAUGAUAUAUAAUUACUAGAAAUAUAUUUAUUUCAUGAUAUAUAUUCUAUCAUUUAUAUACAGCAUUAGAUGAAACUUCUAGAUUUGUAUAUAAUCCAUCACCUUUAUCUCAUUUCAAAAGAGCACUUGUAAUUUUAUUAGUACACUUGCAAGCAGAGAGUACAUUGUUUACUUAAUUUGAUGACUGUCAAGAAAGUGCACACAGCAUUAACCACCAUAUGCAUUCAUUUGGAAUGCACUUGCAAUGGUACUGCAGUAUCCAUAACUAAAAUUAAUUUCAUUUAGUAUGUGGUAUAAGAGUUAAAUUACUAACACAUUUUAUAUAGCUGUAUCUGUCCAGGAAACUAGUAUGUUGUUCAUUUGGACAGAUAGUUUAAUGAAAUUAACAAAGAUAUUCAUCUGGCCUCCUUUACUGUAUUGUGAUUGUGCAGUCUUUAGUGAACAGUGACAGAAUACCACAUAUUAUGAUUGGGUUGUAUUUCACAGAGUAGACAAAGGUUAAAAAUAAAAAGACUGCCAAUUGCUGUACUAGUUGGUGGAAAGGUCUUCUGCCACAACUGAAGAACUUAAUUGACUUGUGCAUCAAAAUACCAACCAAGCUGGUUGUGCUAGUGAAUAAUAAAAACACUUUGAUCAUUUUCUAUCUAAGGAUUUUUUUUUCUCUGGUGAUGAAGUAUUAUAGCACUUUCUUUAUUCUUUAUACAGUACUUGAGAUCUUUUACUAAAGUAUUUUCUUAUGAAAAAUGGAUAUUAUGGAGCAACUGUAUUGUCAGCUUUCCCCUUCAGUCCCUGUUUGGGUUACUAUAUCAUUAAUCUUAAUGCAAAGAUGGAAAAUUCUUAUAGUACUGGAUGUAUUUUAUUCUUUCAACAUAAAGAUAUGUGAUGAUAAUGUUGCCAAGUUCUAUGUAGAAAAUUUAAUUGUUUAGAAUCUUUCAAGAUAUUCACACAUACAGGUCAAGGUAUACAGUACAGUACAAAGGUACUAAACUACCUUCAAUUGCUUUGAUGCAUUAUUUGUUCCAUGCUUGGUGAAAACAAAGAGGCCUUAGGUAUCAUAAAUUUUGUAAUGGUAAUAGAAUCUUUCAUUUAAAGAUGGUGUUUACAUGAUUGUCACCUGGGUGAGAUCAGAUUAAUUUAAAUUUUAUUGAAAUUCAACAUAAUUUUAUUAAAAACUUAUUCCAUUGCAUAGUUAUACCUUUGACCUUUACAAUCUUUUGUUAACGAUGUUCUCCUAAAAAUACUGGAGUAUAAAAUACACCACUACCAAUCAACUUACUGUACUGGAAAGCAGAGUUGGUGUGGUCAAUAUCUCUUUUAUAAACACCUUUAUGUAUUAAAUAGCCUUAAAAAUCUUACUGCCAUUUUUUCAUGAUUUGCACCAGGGGUCUUUUGAGAAAAAAAACUUUCAGCACAUAAUCCAAUUCUUUAUGAUGAAGCAUAGAAAAUAGGUUGUAUUCCAAUAGAAGAUGUAAAUAAGACUCAAGUAUAGUAAAACAUCAAUCAUCAAAUGCACUAGAGGUAUAAGUAAGACAUUUUUCUGUCUUUAAGGUUACUUUACCAAGAACAGCCAUGCAGUUCUUGUCACUCUCAUGUUUUACUUCAGAGAAAUUUUUCAUAAUUUCUGUUUCUAAUAUACAUAAAGUAUUGCUCUCUUGCCAAGACAUGUUUCCACUUGAGUACCUCUUAUUUACCACUACGCCCCUGCACAUUUCAUUUUAGCUAUCAGCAAUCUUUAAAAAAGUGUCCUGUGUAACUUCUAGUCUGUUUCUAGUCAGUUUGAUAAAAAUUAGUUACAUUUAGAAUAUGUAUACUGUAUUUCUAUACUGUAUUCCAUGCAUUAUAAAAAGAUUGCUUCCUCUGCAGUGCCAAGUAUUUUACUGCACAUCCAAAUAAUAAUUAGAAAGAUAAUGUUAUAUAACAAUAAUAAUGAUGAUUAGGAUGACACAGUCAGUGGAUUUAUGCUGUUUGUUAUCAGGUACUUUAAGGUUCAGAUUGCUUCUGUUAUUAUAAACAUGAUUAACUAUAUUGUGCUACUGUAAAGUAAUUAUAUAAAUUGUAUGAAGUAUUCUUGAGUGUCUGAUAAGAAAAAGAAUUUCUAGAGCUAAUAGAAAUUGUUUAUACAGUAUGUAAAUUCUAUUCACAUUUUAUCACAAAAUAAAGUUUUACUGGUAUGUAUUCUGUAAUGUGUUCAACAAGUAACGGAUAUUCAUAUUAUAGUGUUAAUUAAGAUAUGUCAUAUUUUUAUUGUUAAUUUGCUUGUACUUUAAAUAAAGAAUAAGGCUGUAUUGACUAUAAUGGAGGUAUCCAAAGAAAAAAAAUUGCACAAUGUAUGUGAGAUGUUAAAAGUAUUCUUGUCUGAAUUACUUAAUGCACUGAUUGUUUUGCCAAUGUUCAAAUUGGUUUUAAUCAUGUAUAACACUAGUUAUGGUCAUCAGUAAUUAGAAUGAACACUUCUGACUGCCCACAUAUAUGUGGUAAAGGUUGGUCAUAAUAUCUAAUUUUGGUGUAUUUUGACCACUAUUUACUUACAGGCAAUUUUGUUCGUGUGCCAAAGAAUCAUAUUGUCCAUCCUUAUGGCAUAAUAUCCCAGGCCGCAGAGUCACCCAGUAUUUUUCUACCUUUGGAUAAUAGUAACCAAUAAUAAUUAUUAAUAAUAAUAAAUGUACUAGUAAUAAUAACUACUGAUUAUAAGGGUAUUUUUAUCAUCAGUGUGUAGAUGGUGAAUUUCGUCCAUUACAGUAUAAUAGUGUUUGUGUUAAAGUCUGCAAGAAGCUUCACUGUUAAAUACCAAAAACAUGAAUGAAUAAUUACAUUUUUCAACAAAAAUGGAAUUGAUAACACUUACUGUUAGCUCCCAGUGGCUGCUGCUGUAUGUACAGUAUAACCUAUAGAUUGUACAUGAAGCUUAGCCAUUUUCAAACAAAGUAGUCAUUUGUGCCUAUACCUGAAAAAAAUUAUAUAUAUAAAAUGAAAACCAACCAUUAUCAUGAAGUGCAUAUUAUUUAUGCCAACACUGUAGUUUGUAUAGUACAUAUACACUUCAAGUAUUGCUUAAAGUUGAGUAUUAUUUUAUUAAGUUAGUAAACUAAAUAUUCUAGGUAUAGUAUAAGUAUGAAUUUGAAAUAUACAUGUGAUGUUUUCAAUUGAAGUUUAGAUCAAUAUAAUCAGUGAAAACAAUCAAUUAUAAAUACUGUACAGAGGAUCUGAGUUAUAUAUAUUUCUUUUUAGAAUCACUUUGUUUAGAAUCACUAAAGGGAAUCUUGAACACUUUGUGUUAAAACUAAAAGAAAUCUUGAUGGAUUGGAUCCUCCAUCCAUCAUAUUUAAUGUGAAAAAUUUAUGCAAGUUGUCAUAAUAUUCUUAAAAUGGUCAAACACAACACUAAAAUGAAAAAUUAACUAUAAAUUUCUUAGUUUGAAGAAAAACACAUAACUGGAGACUAUUAUGUGGAUCUGAAAUCGGUUUGCCUCGUACUGUAUAAGUGGCUUAUCCAAAUGUGUCCAGUCCUAUAAUAAAGUGCAGGCAACUCAUUUCCACCAGAAUGAAUCCUGUGUAUUGCUAAA